ACCCUGUGCUUCCUCCCCCAGGUGUAUUCCUUAUCCCUUAUGUCCUGAUCGCCCUGGUUGGAGGAAUCCCCAUUUUCUUCUUGGAGAUCUCGCUGGGCCAGUUCAUGAAGGCCGGCAGCAUCAACGUCUGGAACAUCUGCCCCCUGUUCAAAGGCCUGGGCUACGCCUCCAUGGUGAUCGUCUUCUACUGCAACACCUACUACAUCAUGGUGCUGGCCUGGGGCUUCUAUUACCUGGUGAAGUCCUUCACCACCACGCUGCCCUGGGCCACGUGCGGCCAUACCUGGAACACUCCCGACUGUGUGGAGAUCUUCCGCCAUGAAGACUGUGCCAAUGCCAGCCUGGCCAACCUCACAUGUGACCAGCUUGCUGACCGCCGGUCCCCUGUCAUCGAGUUCUGGGAGUGAGUCGGGCG